AUGGCCGAUCUCUUCCCCGCAGGUCUACUUUCCGCAGCCCUAUUCGACUUGGCUUUUUUUCUCGAUAUUAUUACCCUGGCUCCUAAAACACGUUUCCGCUGGCCAAGCCUCCGGUCGAGGACUCCCUUGUCACAGCGCCCGCUCAUCCUCGUCCCUUCGUUCUCCCGUGAGCCUCGACCCAGCAAAUUCUCACGAAUUCUUCGCCUACUCGUUGGCACACACGCAAGCAGACGAGCCCAGUCCCGUCUCUGGGGCCUCCGACACGAGACCCUCCCAGCCCUCCGUCACCGGACACAAUCACGUAUCUACCGAUCAAUCGUCAAACGCCAAGCACGACUCGCAGAGCGCGAUCGCACACUCGGCGGAGGAAUCAUCUCGUAUCUCCUCGGUCCACGACGAAAGUUCCGCACGUGGAGAGCCAACGCGGCAUCCGGUAUCAACUUUGCUGCAAGACACCCGAAGUCGAUCCGAGCCCGUUCCGCACGGAAGGAAGCCGCGAGAGAUUCAAUGGCACAGUCAGGACUAUCAUCAACAUGGGGAGCUGGAGGCGCUGAGGGUGCCGGUGUCCCUGGUAGCCGUCGCAAGAAGGUCUACGAGUACUUCAAGGCUGCGAAUGAGUUGCGCCAGGCCUACACCUCUCAAUGGUCUGGGCAGAGAAAUGACCAUGAUGAGGAUUACUACAAUACCCCCGGUGCAUUUCCCGACGUCGAAAUCGCUCGAUCGGGCGAUGAAGAGAUGGUUCUGUUCCCGAGUUACGCUAGGAAAUUGACGGAAAAGAAGAAGACCGAUGCCAGCACACGUCCGCGACGUGACUCCUGGUCGGAAACUAUCGAUGAGUACCGGGGUGAGCCCCAUGACGAUGAUAACGGUACACCUGGCUGGGAUAAUAUUGAUACUGAAAAUGCUGUUGUGGCCGUUGACGUGCGUGGCUGGAUCUACGCUCCUGGUCGCGGUCCCAUGAGCCGGAAGCACCGUUUGAUGAUUGCGCUGGCCAGAAAGCUAAGCGGCAUCCCUGCACCAAUUGGAACGACCAAUGACGAAAGCGACGAAAAGAUUCCAGGCAAGGGAGAUGAUGAGUACGUGGACAAGCAGAUGCAAAAUUUAGUCGAUACAGCCGAAAAGGAAGCAGAUCCGGCUUGGAAGAGCACACAUACGGAAAAGCCGGAUAGACCUGUACAGCUUACCAAGGAUGAGCUUUCCAUGGCAAAUGCUCAUCUUAUGGAGCGACUCCGUCCGUUCCUAACAAAUCCCGUUGGUAAUAUGCCUGUGACUGUGUUCUUCUUUGACGACAAUGAGAGCAAGUCUCGAAAUAUUACGACGGAUGAGUCAGGUCACUUCAGUCUUCGAGCUGCUCUGCCGUUCGUGCCAACCCACAUUCGUGUGUUGGCCUCGGAGGACUUGUCUGCUGCACGGCCGAUUGAAAUCAUCGAGCCAGUUGGAAUCAGUUUGAUUAGUGACAUCGAUGAUACAGUGAAACACUCGGCUAUCGCUGGUGGAGCCAAAGAGAUGUUUCGCAACACAUUUGUUCGCGAAUUGGACGAACUUACAGUUGAAGGAGUCAGUGACUGGUAUGGCAAACUGGCUAAGCAAGGUGUCCAGAUUCACUAUGUAUCCAACGCUCCAUGGCAAUUGUACCCUCUUCUCGAACGGUACUUCAAGAUGGUAGGCUUGCCUCCUGGCUCGUUCCAUCUGAAGCAGUACUCGGGAAUGCUACAGGGAAUAUUUGAACCCACAGCAGAGAGGAAACGGGGGUCAUUAGAGCAGAUUCUGCGAGAUUUCCCUGAACGCAAGUUUAUUUUGGUUGGAGAUAGUGGCGAAGCUGACCUGGAGGUGUACACUGACAUUGUCCUGGCAAACCCUGGCCGCAUCUUGGGUAUCUUUAUCCGUGAUGUCACGACCUCGGAACCCCAGAAAUUCUUCGAGAAAUCAGUCAACCAUCUUGAUCCCUCCAAGCGCAGUCGCAGUUCCUCGGAUAUAAAGGAUCAGUCAGAUUCUGCGUCCAACAGACCAGCUCUCCCGCCUCGUGCAUCUCCGUCCCUGCCAGGUGUACAUAUACCUUCGCCGGACGUUGAGCCCCAGGACAUGGAUCUCGAAGACUUGAUUGAUCUCACGGAUCUUAUCAUUGAUAACAAGCCACCUCCAUCUGGACUCACCCACCCUGAUCAACCACGUCCACCUCCGGUCAAGCCAGUCAAGCCAUCUGCACUGCGCAUGGUCUCCACACCUGCGGACCUGCUGAAGGCCAGACCAGCUCGGCCGUCUGCUUUGCGUCAAAGUACCACACCUGGUGAUAUCACGAGGGAGAGUAGUCCUGCGCCAUCACGUGCUCCACAAGAUGUCCCUCAACGCAAACCGGCUCCUCCUGUACCACCUAAGCGUGGAUCUGGUCCCAAGACCGAAUCGUCAGUUGAUGCAGAGCCUUCGCCGAUUUCUCGCAGCAGCACGACUGGGUCAUCUACGGCCGAAACCUCAUCGUCGUUGCUCGGCAACCUUAACGAUGGUUCUUCAAGCUCCAGAUCUUCAUCCCCACCAGGCCUAAAGCAACAGCCACCUCUCCCACCACCCCGUCGCGCAAACACUGCGUCGCCAACCACACACUCCGACUCCAGUGGAUCAUCGACACCGCGCCCUGCAGCAAGUGGCCUCCAAUCCUACCCAGCGGCAGCUGCCCAAGCCGCUUACCAAGGAUUCCAAUAUGCAACUGAGCGACUGAACCUGUCACAAAGUCCUAGUGGAUCACGGCAGGCUCCAGCCGGGCCAAAUAACGAAUCCGGCAUGCCCCCCGUGCCACUCCCGAACAAACGCGAGGAGCUCUGGCGCCGUCGCUGGGAACGUGCUUCCGAUGUCCUUGAAGAUCAUGGGGUUGUACUGGGUAGUUGGCGCGUUGGUACUGAUGCCCAGCCUGUUUGUACUUGGUUAGUGGAGGAGGCGAUUAAAGAUAUGAAGGCUAGCUCUACGAAGAAGUAG